AUGAAUAUCCUGCACUCUACAUUGUCAACUUGGCGGGACCGCCUGGCCCCGGUAUCGCGCACUUCUACCUUCCGUAACACCGGCCAAAUCACUCCCGAGGAGUUUGUUCUCGCCGGAGAUUAUCUAGUCUACAAGUUCCCCACAUGGUCAUGGGCCGACGCAUCGAGUCCGGCAAAACGAGUCUCCUACCUCCCAGAUGGCAAGCAGUUUCUGGUUACUCGUGGAGUACCAUGCCAUCGGAGACUGAACGACAACUUUGCCGGGGAUGCAGGACUCGAGGAUGAGAUUGUGAGGGAUUUCCUAUCUGGCGGUGACGGCGAAGGCACACCGGAUAAUGGAGAGGAUGGAUGGUUGCGGACUGGCGGUGGGCGUGAUGCUGGGGCAGAUCAUGAUAAGCAAGAAGCUCGGAUCCGCGACGUGCGAACCGUCGAUGAAUCCGGGAAUCUGGGCGAGCAGGAGGAGGAGGAUGAUAUCCCCGAUAUGGAGGAUGAUGACGAUGACGAUGAAGCUAUCAUCCGAGAGACCGAUAAUCAUUCAGGGACACAAUCUCUCCGCACGUACACCCUUUACAUUACAUACUCAAACUUCUACCGCACACCCCGCCUCUACCUGUCCGGCUAUUUGUCGCCAUCCGAACCGCUUCCGCCACAUCUGAUGAUGGAGGAUAUUGUCGGCGACUACAAAGACAAGACCGUGACGCUAGAGGACUUCCCAUGGUUCGAGGGCAGCGUCAAGAUGGCCAGUGUACACCCAUGCCGCCACGCCUCUGUGAUGAAGACACUCUUGGAUCGUGCCGAUGCCGCACUCAAGCUUCGCCGUGACAAGCUCAAACAGACGCAGUCGCGCGAGGAAGCGAACCGCGUUCUCCGGGCAGGCGGCGGGCUGGAGGGCUUGGUGGAUGAGACCAACAACCUGUCGCUCGGGGACUCCAACAACGGACAUCCUGGCGGGGAUGAGUGGGAGAUGCUGCAACAUGACGAGGAAGAACAGGUCGCGAUCCGUGUAGACCAGUACCUGGUUGUGUUCCUCAAGUUCAUUGCCAGUGUGACGCCGGGCAUUGAGCACGACUUUACGAUGGGGGUAUAA